AUGGGCCUACCUCUCAAGCCUGUCAAAGACCCUCUGGAUGGCUUCACUGCCCUCCAGUGUGUGGACUGCACCACACAGUUUGGUGUCAUCCACAAACUUGCUGAGGGUGCACUCAAUCCCACUGGCCACAUCACCAACAAAGAUGUUAAACCAGUCCCGGUUAUCACCAACCUUGGGCCUCUGGAAUGGAUUCUUAAUACUCCCAGUCAUCACAGAGUUCAUCAUGGUAGAAAUCCUUACUGCAUUGACAAAAAUUAUGGUGGCACACUCAUUAUCUGGGACAGGAUAUUUGGAACAUUUGAGGCAGAAGAUGCAAAAGUUGUGUAUGGCUUAACACAUCCAGUAAAUUCAUUUGAUCCCAUCAUGCUCCAGUUACGUCCCUUGUCUCAUAUUUGGAAGAUGUUUUGGGCCACACCUGGAUUCUGCGAUAAGCUUUCUGUCAUCUUCAAAGGGCCAGGCUGGGGACCAGGCAAACCUAGACUUGGCCUUCCUGGGGAAAUCCCAGUGGUCACUGGAGAAGAAGUUCCCUUCAAUCCAAGCAUACCAGGUUAUCUUAAUUGCUAUGCAGUUGUACAUUUUGCUAUAAUAGUGGAUUUGUACACUGAACUUCUUGCUACCGUGACUACGUUAUCACAGGGAACUAUUCUCCUGAGAAUUUGCUUUAUCAUUUUGUCCCUAACCUCUUUCGGACUACUUAUGGAGAACAGGCCCAAAGCAGGAAUUUUGGAAAUCAUUCGCUGCUUAGUCUUCGUAGGCGUGUACAAACUUGGCUACUUAAGGAGUCAGUUUUCCUCCUUGGGCUAUGCAUAUGAG